UAAGACCUCUGAACGUAUACUCUCCUUGAUAUUGAGCAUGCCUCUCCGGCCACAUUCUUCGCCAACUCUUUUCAAACUGCUCGCUCCACGAUGCUCUGCCUCAAGAGCAGCUCUUCCGCACUGGAAUAUGUAGCAGCGCCCCCUGUACGCCAGAGAUCACCUAUUACUCUCCGAAGACAUCAAUCCUCCAACACCUUCCCUCUCCCGCCAAGCUCAGAUGCACGACUGAAUUCCGGAUCGUCGCCCGCGCGAGCUGCAGGAGAGUUUGACGACGCCGUUUGGGAAAGACAGAUGUCAGAAGAUGAUGUGGUGCAAUCUCGGCAGGAAUCACGCGAGACCAUCACUGGCGAGUCGGCGCGACUUGUGCUUCCUCCCCAGCCCGUGUAUUAUGACGCGAUGAGCUUGCUGGACGGGAGUGCACGCCCAAGCGAUGAUAGUCUACGUGUGACAUAUGAAGAUCCCGGACAGGAGGCGGAGAAGCGGAGGCUGAUGGCUUUGCUUGGGGAUGAGAGUGUGCGGGGAGGGGGGAGGAAGAGCACCAGGAUAGCGGGAUUUUGA